CGGUACUCGCCAUAGCUUUCGCUGUCUGUCCUCGUCGUCUCUCCCACCGGCAAGUGCCUACCAAUCCUUACGGCUGCAUUCACUUGAACACAUCGAUUCUGCAAAAUUGUAUUCGGCAAUGGCAGUUUACGAUGUUUCCAGCCUGUAUCUGGAUAUUCCAGAGUUUGAUUGUAAGGCACAGGAGGGGGGUGGUGAUUGCAGUUCCAGGUUGGAUAUUCUCCCCGUGAUUGAUACAAAGGAAUCUCAGGCCAGAUGCAAUGCAAAGAAGGCAGGUGAUUCUAGUAUCGCGGGAGGAAACACGGGUAAGAAAAGAAGAAUUGUGGAUGGUUCUGGGAAGGAGGACGAGCCACGAAAUGAUCAGGAGAUUGCACAUGAUGUGCGUAAUGUCGAGUCGACUGGUAAAAGAAAGAAAAAGAGGAGGAAGCAUAGGAGUGGACGUGUCGUGGCGGAGGUAGAGGAUUGUAACACUGCAUGUCAUGCCUAUGAGGACUGUGAGAUGUUUACAGAGGUUAAGGAAGGUGUUGCGUGUGAAGAGAGAGUUGUCUCUAGGGUAGACCAUCAGAGUACGUAUGUGGAAAACCGUAGGAACCGAAAGGUGAGGAUUUGCGAAAGAACGACCACGUUGGACAAAGGGAGCGGAAAGAUGGACUCGGAAGACGAGGAUUUACGAAAGAACGACACUGGCUACGAGGAAAUGGUGAAAUCAGAGAAAGAGAACAAUCAAGUGAUGUUGAAGGUAAAGAAAUGGAAACUCGAGAAGAAGGGAAAGAAGGGCAAAAACAUUGGAUUGAGCGGUGAUACCACCACAGAAACAACAGGAAGAGUUACAGGUACUCCGGAAUUUGAAGUUCAGAAAGGAGAUACUUGCAAGCGCAAUCAAGUCACGACGAGGGAGGAGGAAGGAGAUCAAGGUCAGGAAUGGUUUUCUGGCGAUGUGGGUGACGAUGAGAUCGCCAGCGAGCAUGGUGUGACAGCCCAUAUGGGUGAAGGUAAGCGGGGACAACAGGAGACAAAAAAGAAGAAAAAACUGAAGGCGAAGAGGAGAACACGGUCUUCUGGCGAUGUGGGUGACGAUGAGAUUGCCAGCGAGCAUGGUGUGACAGCCAAUAUGGAUGAAGGUAAGCUGGGACAGCAGGAGGCCAAAAAGAAGAAAAAACUCAAGGAGAACAGGAGAACACGGUCUUCUGGCGAUGUGGGUGACGAUGAGAUCGCCAGCGAGCAUGGUGUGRCAGCCAAUAUGGAUGAAGGUAAGCUGGGACAGCAGGAGGCGAAAAAGAAGAAAAAACUCAAGGAGAAGAGGAGAACACAACCAGUUUCAGAAGACUCCAAAAGUAAAGGGGUCACGGGACGUUCGACUGACACAGAAGACGAGGCAAAUGGAAACGGGUCUGCUCCGGCAAAUGAAGGCGAUCACGCCCCUCUGAGCGAGAGUACAGGCACGUUAGGCAUCGUCCCAGGGAAACGUCCUGGCAUUUUGGAGAAGAUGCGUGCGCAUUUGAUUGGAGGUCAGUUCCGAAUGCUGAACGAGAAACUCUACACUUCAAGGGGAGAUGAAGCAUUGAACACUUUCAAAAAGAACCCAUCUCUUUUCGUUAAUUAUCAUGCAGGGUAUCAAGCACAGAUGUUGCAAUGGCCAAAACUACCAGUCGAGGUGAUGGAGAAGUGGCUGCGAGCUAGAGGGGCAUCCCUGACCGUUGCCGAUUUUGGCUGUGGCGAUGCGAGGCUUGCAAAGACUCUGCCAAACAGAGUCUACUCGUUCGACCUAGUUGCUGCAUCUCCGGAAGUCGUCGCAUGUGACAUGGCAAAGACGCCUUUAGAUGAUGCAUCUGUGGAUGUGGCCGUGUUUUGCCUCUCGCUUAUGGGGGUCAACUAUGGAGACUAUCUACGAGAAGCACACAGAGUUUUGAAAGACGGAGGAUGGCUGCUUAUUGCGGAAGUGAAAAGUCGGUUCGAUCCAGCACAUGGGGGGUCAGAUCCGGCGUUGUUUGUCAAGGCUUUAUCAAGAUUGGGAUUCAAACUAACUAAGAAGGAUGACUCCAAUAAGAUGUUUCUCUGGUUUGAGCUUCAGAAGGUGAAGAACAGUCCCAGUGAGGAGAGGAUCAAAUGGCCUCGACUCAAGGCCUGUGUGUAUAAGAAAAGAAUUGUUGCACAAGACGAGUGCCCGCUUGACAGAGAUUUUUGGAGAAUGAAAGGGGGGGAAGCAAGGUCUAAGGGUUCUCUGAAAGGGUCAGCGAAAAUGGGUCCUUGUGGUGCAAAGGAUCGGGCACAGGGAAGUGCGAAGGGCCGUCCUUUAUGGGAGAGGCGUGAAGCUCCCGCGGCGGAUUGUGCACGCAGGGUGGGGGUGAUGACCCGUGCACAAAAGAGGAAGGCUUGCAUGGAAGAUGUCGUCGAGGAUUGCAUGGAGCAGUACCCGAUGGCGAUUGCCAAUCUCGCUGGCCGGCGGCCAGGCAUGAACAAGGUCGCACGGAUAUGUCCACCUGACCCGAGUUCAAGGCCCAGCUUCAUGGAGGAGGGUUCGGAUUCCGAUUACGAUUCCGACGACUCCUACUCUUCUAAACCCGUCAAUGUAUGUAGCAGCAAAUUACGCCCCUCGUCUGGCGGUGGAAGAUUGGAGAAAGAUUUCAGACCUGCAUGCAGUGCAGCGCACGUGGUCCGCACGGCCCCCGGAGAGGCGGCUGCACUGCUGCAAGUGCCUGUUCCGCAAACGAGACCGCCGGUGCUGGAACAGCAUGAAGAAGUGGCUGCCAAGGCCCAGGCAACGGAUCCUCUUCCGUCUGCUCGAGAUGAUAGCGAGUGCGGUGCAAGAACAGGCAUUUGCUCGUCUCCAUGCCCGCCCGUCUGCAAUCCGAAGCCGAAUGACGGCAAAUCAAAGCGUGACGGACGACGACAAGUUGUGGGUGCGGAUCCACGGUCAAGAAUCGGCACUUCUGAUGCCAAGGAAGUUAUCGAAAUCAGCAGUAGCGGCACCGUCAAAACUGAUGAGGCCACCGAUCGCAGCUGCGUUGUGGAAGCUAGCCAUUUCUCUAUGCCUAUGGUGCACGAGGAAAGGGUUGCGGCAUUGGAGGAGAGCUCUGGACUCGCAGGCACAAGUCAUGGCGAAGGAUGGAAAGGCACGCAAAGAGGGCGACGACCGCUGCAUUCGAUGAUUGGCAAAAGGUCGGCGUCCAGUAAACUAGGCAGGUUGCCGAUUCAGAAUGAUCGCGCUCAAGCAGCCGGCGGCGGGACGACAGCUGGUACCUGUAAUCGGCAUUGUCGUCUCACCUUGGACUCAAAGGGACAUGGUGGCUAUGAUGAGGAUAUUUUUCAAAAUCUACUUCUAAGGGAAAAGGCACGGUGUUUUCCAAGUGGGUACCUUGGGACCACACAACCGGAUAUUCAUCCCGAGCAUCGGAAGAUGAUGGUGAAUUGGCUAGUGGAGUUCUCCACAGAGUUCGGACUGCAGCUCGAAACUCUGUUUCGUGGAGUCGCGAUCAUGGAUCGUUGCCUCGCUGAAGGCCCUGCGCUUCGCCGACAGAUGCUGCAACUCUUGGGAGUCGCGAGCAUGCUUGUCGCAUCCAAGUUUGAAGAAACGCAACCUCCCAGGGUUAUAUUGCAGGAUUGCUGUGAGGUGGCGGAUCACACCUUCACUCAACAACAGAUAUUGAAGAUGGAAACCACUGUUCUCAAAAUUCUCAACUUCCAGUGUGCUAUGCCAACAGUGAUGAGUUUCUUGUGGCAUUUUCUGAAAACUGCAAAGGCGGACAAGAGAAUGGAGCGAACUGCAGAGCACAUCGCAUGUCUCUCGAUGUUGGACGAUACGCUCCUCGGAUCCCCGCCAUCGCUCGUUGCUGCAGCAGUUGUCCUGUUGGCGUCCCAUAGCCUCGACAGAGAGCCAUGGAGUGCAUCAAUGACGGCAUGGUCUGGCUAUUCUCCUUUCGACCUGAAGAAUUGUGUCGAAGCAGAACUUCCUGCAAAAGGCAGGAAGAUAAAAGGAGAUAACGUCUCCGUAAAUGAAGACUGUCGAAGUUGCUCAUCAUCGGCAUCAAAGGCUGGUUCACCGUGACGGGGCGUUGGAUAUUCAUGUUCCGACUGUAUAAGGUGCUCUUCGAUAAACACAGCAUUCAUAG